AUGUCUUAUUCUAUGUAUUCUAUAUCGGAGUCUUCAUUAUCUUCCCUCCCAGGAUUCGGUAUCCCCGUUGGAAAGAACGCACUUGAUUUCAACAGACCAGUGGACAACCAGGUCAUCCCUGGGUAUCAACAACUGAUUCAACUGGGGCUUGGUCAAAAUAUUCAAUGGAUCGCUGGCUGCAUGAUCAACAGAAACGACAAAGGGAAAUACGAUCCUAUCUUUGUCUACGGGGAAUUCCAAGAGAACGAUUACUCCCCACUUCAUACUGCUCACAGAGUUAGCAACGAGGAACUGGACUAUGAAGUCUCUUCUUUUGCUCACAAAUGCAUACUCUAUCCAUAUCUCUACCCGAUAAACAACACUGCUAGGUUGAUUAUCUCGUUGACCUUUUUGGCAGUCGAUCAUCCUAGACCUGAAUUAUUGCUCAAGGAGAGUCGUUUUCCUAUUGAAGCUCGACAAAUCUGCACCGAAAUAUCUAUCCCACUUCAGUAUCUACAUCAAUUCGAGACCAGGCCAGAGCAGCCAAAGCUGAAUUUCAAAAGAGUCUUGUCGAACUUUGUUCAAGAGUUUUGA